UGCACUUCUGGUAUUUUCCGGUUUAAUAUUCUCUUUGUUGUCAAGGGUUGCGCAUUGACCUCAAAGCCCUGACCUCAAAAUUAAUAUGUAAAGUGAUAUUUAUUUGUCUACAAGGAUUCAAGGCAUUCCUCGACCAUUAAACUGGCUGUAGUUAAUUCUUGUCUCCUCCCGCGAUCACCAGAAGAAUUUUGAAGGAACUUCAACAAAACAACAGAGUCCAAUUUUGGUGGCGGAAGGAUUGCCUUUUUUGAACAUCAUGCCAAGUUACCACGAGAACUGCGGUAAACCUGGACCAAAGAGUCUUUCUUGGAUCCCACCCCCCGAAGCGAGGCUCUUCAAGUCCCGCAGUGCCCCUGGUUCACCCCUAUUCGACCGCAACGAGCAUUUUAGCCGGUCAGCCAAAGGGUCAGCAAGUUUUAGAGAACCAAGGCAUACGCGGGCGUCGUUUUUGAUGAGAGAAAGCCAGAUGAAGAAAGCGGAGAAAUACAAGAACGAAAAGGGCGCCAAAAUUGGGCGAAGCAAGUCCUUCACCAGUAGAAUAACAUCAAAGCUUUAUAAUAGAACCGAACAGAAGCAUUCAUUGGGCAAGUCCUGGCACCCAAAAUGUUUAAAAUGUGAAGAAUGUGGCAAGAUUUUAAACCCAGGUCAACAUUCUGAGCAUCGAGGGAUACCAUACUGCAACAUACCAUGUUAUAGUCUCUUGUUUGGUCCUGGUGGUUAUGGUCGAGGGGGUGUUGAGUCCCACCAAAAACUCGGAUUUCAAGCCACACUCCCACCAGAUCAGAUUGCAUUGAGGAAUGAACUGCUGCCAAAGUUACGAUACUACAAUGAACAUUAUGAAAGUGAUAAGAAGAAAGCAUUGCAAUUAGUCAGCAAAGAGGCAAAUGGAAAGUUAAUCAUUGAAGGAGUGCUACGGGUUUAUUGGGGUCUUAAAGACCCUGUAACACUUGGAGCUUUGUACUGGAGAAAUGAUCGUGCUUUUAGACUUUUUCAUGUUGUGCAGAGUAAAAAAUUAUCACGAUCUGAAACUAUGAAACAGUUGAGAAGUCAAAGUUUGACCACUGAUGAAAAAGUCAUGGACAGACCUUUCAAAAAGGAUUCCCGAGGCAAACCACGCUCAAACUCAGAUGAAAAGCUAGCUCGACGACACACACUGGGUCAUUCUGAUCGCAAGAAGAGGCCAGCCAAGUCAGGUCUAGAACCAACAAGGUUUAUUCCCCCUUAUGGUUUUCAAACAACGCUACGGUUAACAAGCAAGAUACCCACACCAGAUGUUGUCAAGAUGAUUUUAACCAAAUUUCAGAUUGCUGAUCCUUGCGACAAAUUUUCGUUAUUUAUCAAGUAUGAAAAUGGAGAAAUUAAAAGACUCAACAACGAAGAUGCUCCAUUAAUGAUUAGACUUCGACUGGGACCUGCUGAGGACUUAGCAAAAAUUUAUAUAAUGGAGGAUACCGAGGAAAACACAAUCCGAAGAGAGGUUGCACAAUAUAUCCAUUUCGCGACGCCUGUGUUGCAAGCAUUUAUCGUGAAGUUCGACGAAGAGGAGGAACGUGAAAUGAAGAAAAUCAAAGACAGGUAUCGAGAGUAUAAGAAGCACUUACAGGCAGUUAUCCAAGAAUUCUCUUCCAAAACUUAAUGGUGAAUCUAUCACGCAAUCUAGCAUUGUGAAAGAUAUAGAGGCGUUUGGCAAGAGAAUGACUUCUUUAUAUGCGAUCAGGAAAAGAUGAUCACGUUGGAGAGGUCGAAACGAAUAUAUCUUUACCCCAAGGAAAAGAAGAGUAAUUUUCUUGCACAAAAGCAUGGUGAUGUCUACUGGAUGUACGGUGUUCAUGGUUCCAAAUAUACGAGACAAUGUAAUUUAUCUUAAAAAAACGUCAAUUUUGUUUGUGAAAACGAAUUAGGAUAGCGAGAUCUGUACUGACAAUGAUUUAGUAAACAAAUCAACCUGGUGUUUUCCUCCUGAGGAAAUAGUCGGGGGGUCUAGUGCCAACUGAAUUGUUUGAUAGUCAUUUUCUGACUGUAAUAGUUUUCUGUUGACAGUGAAUCCUCCUAGAAUGCUGUUUUGAAAUGAAUGUAAAAAAAAAUUAGUGGCAGGUCCACUUGUACAGUAUUAACGUUAACGAUUUGUAAAUAGCAAGCGUAUUUAAUAUUGGUUGUUAUGAAAAUAGUGAACUAGAAUGAAUAUUUUUAAAUUAUA